AAGAUGUCAAAAACAGUGAAUUGUCUGAUUUUAAGGUUAGUUUUUUAAAAUAAAAUGUCAUUAUGUUAUUUAGAAAGCUAACUAAUCAUUCAAAAGUGUUGUUUUAUGUCACCAGGUUCAUAAAUUUCAAGCCAAAUACGUUUGUCGCAAUGAGUUCAGAAGUUGACAAAGCACAAAGCGCAUAUAAAAGUAAAUCAACGAUUUUUGAUAAGAUUAUAUCGAAAGAAAUACCAGCUGAUAUAAUAUUCGAAAAUGAAAAAUGCAUGGCUUUUAAUGAUGUCAACCCCCAAGCCCCAGUGCAUUUUCUUGUAAUACCAAAAAAACAAAUUCCAAUGUUGGAUGAUGCAUCUGAAGGAGAUCAAAGUAUUUUAGGCGAGCUACUUUUGACUGCAAAAACAUUGGCUAAACAACGUUGUCCUGAUGGGUACCGCUUGGUUAUUAAUAAUGGAAAGCAGGGAUGUCAGUCAGUAUAUCAUCUACAUAUUCACAUUAUAGGAGGAAGGCAGUUAAACUGGCCACCAGGAUAAAUAAAAGUACUAAAAUAUAAUUUUGACUGUAUUAUAAAUUUGCAUAUACCUAAAC